AUUUACAACGAUACGGUGGUUGAUUUGUUAGACAUGAAUAGGAAGCAGAGUAAAGCGGAAAUUCAGAUACACGAAGAUCGGUCAGGCAACAUAUACAUUAGAAACGCUACGGUGGUGCCCGUAAACUCAGCUGAGGAUACCAUCUCUGUGCUGCACAACGGAAUAUUGUACAGAUCAACGGCUUGCACAGAUAUGAACACGCAGUCUAGUCGUUCACAUGCCUUGUUUUCCCUGCUAAUUGCGCAGAGGAAACUGGUCACGUGCCAGGACGAAGUGAUGGGCAAUUCUGCUCCGGAAGCGGGUCGUCAGGAAGUCGAAUACCUGAGUGCCAAAUUUCACUUCGUUGACCUGGCCGGCUCUGAACGCAUCAAGCGAACUGGCAUCAGCGGACACCGGAUACGCGAGACGAUCAGCAUUAACUGUGGACUGCUUGCGCUUGGAAACGUGAUCAGCGCACUUGGCAAUGCACCUCUGGGUGUUGCGCACGUUCCUUACCGUGACUCGAAGUUGACUCGGUUGUUGCAGGACUCGCUGGGUGGCAACAGUAAGACGCUUAUGAUCGCCUGCAUAAGUCCUUCUGACUGCGACUUCGUGGAGACCCUCAACACGCUCAAGUACGCAAACAGGGCUCGGAACAUAAAGAAUAAGGUGGCCAUCAAUCGAGAUCGACCAAGCUGCAUCAUCAACGACUUGAAAGCACGCAUUCGCUAUUUAGAAAAGGAGCUUUUGGAAUUUCAACAAAAUAAACGACCGAUUAACGAUAACAGCGUGGAAGUCGAAACUGAUUUGCAUAAGGAAAAUAUGUUUCUGCAAAAGGAAAUUAACAAACUGCAAUUCCGGCUGAAAGCUCUUCAGAGCACCGUUGAGAUAAUGAAAGACCGCAAUUUGGAAUUAAAAAUGAUGGCAGAGUUGCAACAAUCACCAAUUAAUGCCGAAUACACCUCCCCUGAAGUGUCAACUCUGCGAAAGUAUUUGGAAGAAACCGAAUCGUUACGGUACUACAAUAUUGAAAUUUUUACAUGGCGCCUGUCGAUAUAA